GUAUAGAUCAGCAAAGAGAAAAUAAAAAUGGAGUACUCGAACAUGAAGCAACAUCAUCAGUACGGUGCAUAUGCAGAGCCAAGAAUCUCGUUUUCCAGCGGUUUCGCAGCUACUAAGAACGACAUGAUCAAGUACAAGGAGGCACCGGUGUCGUCAGAUGAUUUUGAGUUCGGUGUCAACAACUUCUCAAUGAUCACAGCAGAUGAAAUCUUCUUUGAUGGCAUGAUCUUACCACUCAAGGAAGAAGCCAACACGACGAAGAGAAUGUCAACUUUGAGGGAGGAACUCAGCGAAGAAGAAAAUGAUUCGCCGAGAAGCAAAUCAAAAGGGUCCAGUGGUUGGUGGAGAGAGAGGUUAGGAUUCGCGAAGUCCAAGAAAGAUCACAAGAGAAAUUCUUUUUAUCACCAUUAGAAGCAAAUUCUACAACUACACAAUGACCCUUUUGAUAUUUUUUUCUUCUGUUUUUGAGUUUCUUCUCUUCGUAGGGACUUAAUGUAUUUGCUAAUUUGGUCUGUAAUGUGUUCUCUAAGUUUUUUUUUCUCACUUCUUCACUGUUCC